AUGGGCGAAAUUGCUAAAGAAAAACUAGCAGCUCUGUUGCUGGAAUAUCCAAAGCCAUCGGGUAUUAUUUUGGGUUAUGGCACAGCAGGCUUUCGAGCACGAGCUGAUACACUCCCAUGGAUUAUGAUUCGAAUCGGUCUUCUAGCUUCUCUUCGGUCUAAAGUGAAAAAAGCAUGUAUUGGUGCUAUGGUUACAGCGUCACAUAAUCCUGAACAUGAUAAUGGUGUUAAAUUAAUUGAUCCAUUCGGAGAAAUGCUAGAUCAAUCAUGGGAAAUCUAUGCAAGCAAUCUAUCCUCACUCGAUGACAGUAUUGAUGCACUGUGGAAUUAUUUAGAAAAAUUAAUGACUCAAUUGAAUGUUCAAUUAAAGGAUAAAGCUACGGUUGCUAUUGCAUAUGAUACACGACAAAGCAGUCCACUUUUAUCACAUAUUGUUCAACGAGCAGCCGAGAUUUUCAAUACGAAUAUCAUAAAUUAUGAACUAAUGACAACACCACAACUUCAUUAUACUGUUCGGUGUUAUAAUGAUAAUGAACUCUAUGGACGUUGCACUGAAGUUGGUUAUUUCGAUAAAAUUUGCACAGCGUUUAAAAACUUAAUUGAAAUGACACCUGGCGCCAAACACCUCGAACAACUUGCUAUCGAUGCUGCUAAUGGAAUUGGUGCUCAAAAACUGGUUGUUUUACAACAAAGAUUAUCAGAUUUGUUUAAAAUUGAAAUAUUUAACGAUGGUACUCAAGGUCGUUUAAAUGAAAAAUGUGGUGCUGAUUAUGUCAAGUUAUAUCAAAAAGCACCGGAAGGUUUACCUUUAACGAACUAUCCAAAGUAUUGCUCGAUUGAUGGCGAUGCUGAUCGUUUGAUUUACUAUUUUAUCGAUCAAAAUCAACAUUUUCGUAUGCUUGAUGGUGAUCGUUUUUCAGUGUUAUUUGCAUCAUUUAUUUCCAAAAAAUUAAAAGAAGCUAAAUUAAUUGAUCAAGUUAAAAUAGGCGUUAUUCAAACAGCUUAUGCUAAUGGAAGUUCAACAAAUUAUGUUAUUAAUACAAUGAACGUUCCUGUGGCAUGUGUACCCACUGGUGUGAAACAUUUACAUCAUAAAGCACUUGAUUUUGAUGUUGGCAUUUACUUUGAAGCAAACGGACAUGGAACAGUUUUAUUUAGUGAUGAUUUAAAAACUAGAGUAAAAUCAGUCAUGGAAGACGAAAAUCGACCAGACGAUGAAAAGCUAGCUGCAAAACAACUUCAUGUAUUUAUUGAUAUAAUCAAUGAAACAGUUGGUGAUGCUCUAGCUGAUUUGUUGGCAACCGAGGCUAUUCUUUGUUUAAUGAAUUUAUCGAUAGAAGGAUGGUUAGAUUUAUACCAUGAUUUACCUCAACGACAAUUAAAAGUAGCGGUUAAAGAUCGAACCAUGAUACAAACAACAGAUGCGGAACGACGUUGUACUGCUCCUGCUCAUCUACAAGAUUGUAUCGAUGAACUUGUGUCGAAAUAUCCAUCGGGCCGUUCAUUUGUUCGACCAUCAGGUACAGAAGAUAUCGUACGUGUCUAUGCUGAAGCAACUACGCAAGCUGAUGCUGAUCAACUUGCUGAUGAAGUACGAAAGAUAGUUCAAGAAUUAACAAAAUAA